AUGUGCCUACAAGCACUGAUGGUGUUAACUGCUUCCUUUGCAAUAAUUGAUGCAAAUGAAUAUGUAGGAUUGCCUCCCAAUUGCAGAGAUGAAAUCCCACUUCAUUUGCUAAAGAAGAGGAUCAGCAUCACACAUCCUUCAAGUAUUUUCUCAGUGCUGGAAAGACGUGAUCAAAAGCAAAAUCACAGCUGCCCAGCAUGGUCUCCUGAACUACUGGCAAGUUCACACAUUGAGGAUAGGUCAUUCUCACCGUGGAGCUACAGGAUUAAUGAGGACCCUAAACGUAUCCCUGCAACGAUUCCAGAAGCUGUUUGUCUGUGUCGUGGCUGCAUCAGCUUUAGCAAGAUGAAGCAUACACUGGAUUACAUCUCAGUACCUGUGACAACUACCAUGCAGGUCUAUUAUCACACAGCCUGUGGAGAACAUAAGUUUCAGUAUGAAACUAAAUGGAUUGAAAUUGCUGUUGCUUGUACGUGCAUCUCUCCAAAGAUGGGUUUAACUAAUCAUUAUUCAUAG